AUAUUUUAUUAUUAAUAUUUAAUUAAAAGAUAUGUAGGUGAUACACAAUUUGUUAUCAUGAACAAAAACAUUGAUGAAACUGAAGUUUUAAAAAAUGAAGAAAUAGAAAUAAAAGAUGAGUUAAAUAAGAAAUUAGACACUGAAAAUGGUGCAGAUAAAAUUACAGAAAUUGAGGAAAUAAUAUCAGAAGAUGUCAAGUUGAAGCUUCACGAAGAUUCAAAGAGACUGAAAGAAGAAGGGAAUACUUUCUUUUCAAAAGGAGAGUAUGAGCCUGCUAUUGAUCUUUACAGUCAAGGUAUUGCUAAGUGUCCAAAGUGUUUUUCUAAGACACUCUCCAUAUUGUACUCAAAUAGAUCAGCUUGCUAUAUGAAACUUGAUGAAACUGAGCUAGCAAUUAACGACUGUUCAUCUGCUCUGGAACAUGAUCAUUAUUAUACAAAAGCUAGACUAAGAAGGGCACAAAUUUAUGAAACAAAAGAUAAAUUAGAGGAAGCGUUAAAAGAUUAUAAUGAAAUUCUUUCAUAUGACAAAAGUUGCCAGAUAGCUGGAUCAGCUGCAAUGCGACUACCUGGCCAAAUCAAUGAGCGGAAUGAAAAACUAAAAGAGGAAAUGUUUAGUAAGCUUAAAGAUUUGGGUAACAUGUGUUUAAAACCUUUUGGAUUAUCAACAGACAAUUUUAAAGUAAACCAGGAUCCGAAGACGGGCGGAUAUUCGAUUAAUUUUCAAAAAUAGAUGCAGUUUUAUAAACGAGAUUCGCUAAUAUUUAACUAUAUUUAUGGAUUUGUUCUUGCUUCUAACAACCAGUGGUUGCAAAUAAAUGAAUUUCUCACGAACAAUUUUUUUUUUUAAUAAACCUGUAUUAUAAGAGUUAUUGAGGUUAUUAAAAUAUUUCACAAUUAUUCAAA